GGCGCGGGGCGGAGCGCGGGGCCCGGGACCCGCCGGCCGGCGCCGGCCCUGCACUCGGAGCCGCGGCCGCCACCGCCGCAGCCAACUCGGGCCCAAGUUCCCAACCGAGGCGGGAGAGGAGCGCGCAGCCCCCGGCCCGAGCCCUGCGCAGCGCCCGGCCUCCUCCUCUCGACCGCCGGCCGCGCCCCGCCUCCGCCCGCCGGCUCGGACACAGGCGCCCUCCGGGUAGAGAGCUCGGGCUCCGCGGGAGCGAGUGGUGGACCCCUGGGGCCGGGCGGACGCUCGGCGAGACCGAACCGCAGCGCGGAGAGUCGGCGCCCCCGGCCACCCGGGCCCCGCGGGCUCUGGAAGGGCCGGACCACCGGACAGCGAGCGGGAGCCCGCGGGCCUGACAAGCCGCGGACGCGCAGGGAGCCCCGUCUCGGAAGCCGUCGGUCCCCGGGGUCAUCCUCGGCCCUGGGGGGGGCGGGGCGCAGGCGGACCAUGCCCAGCCUGCCGGCCCUGCUCGCCUUGCUGUUCAUCUGCUGGGCCCCGCUCCGAGCCACAGCCAGCUCCUGGUGGUCCUUGGCGAUGAGCCCAGUGCAGAGACCUGAGAUGUUCAUCAUCGGAGCCCAGCCCGUGUGCAGCCAGCUCCCGGGGCUGUCCGCUGGCCAGAGGAAGCUGUGCCAACUCUACCAGGAGCACAUGGCCUACAUCGGGGAGGGUGCCAGGACGGGCAUCAGGGAAUGCCAGCAUCAGUUCCGGCAGCGCCGGUGGAACUGCAGCACCGUGGACGACGCCUCCGUCUUCGGGAGAGUCCUGCAGAUUGGGAGCCGGGAGACGGCCUUCACCUAUGCCGUGAGCGCGGCCGGGGUGGUGAAUGCCAUCAGCCGCGCCUGCCGUGAGGGCGAGCUGUCCACCUGCGGCUGCAGCCGGGCCGCGCGGCCCAAGGACCUGCCCCGGGACUGGCUGUGGGGCGGCUGCGGCGACAACGUGGACUACGGCUACCGCUUCGCCAAGGAGUUCGUGGACGCCCGCGAGCGGGAGAAGAACUUCGCCAAGGGCUCGGAGGAGCAGGGCCGCGUGCUCAUGAACCUGCAGAAUAACGAGGCGGGCCGGAGGGCUGUGUACAAGACGGCAGACGUGGCCUGCAAAUGCCACGGCGUCUCGGGGUCCUGCAGCCUCAAGACCUGCUGGCUGCAGCUGGCCGAGUUCCGCAAGGUGGGGGACCAGCUGAAGGAGAAGUACGACAGCGCGGCCGCCAUGCGGAUCACCCGCCGCGGCAAGCUGGAGCUGGUCAACAGCCGCUUCAAGCCGCCCACCCCCGAGGACCUGGUGUACGUGGACCCCAGCCCGGACUACUGCCUGCGCGACGAGAGCACAGGCUCGCUGGGCACGCGGGGCCGCCUGUGCAACAAGACGUCCGAGGGCCUGGACGGCUGCGCGCUCAUGUGCUGCGGCCGCGGCUACGACCAGUUCAAGAGCGUGCGGACCGAGCGCUGCCACUGCAAGUUCCACUGGUGCUGCUUUGUCCGCUGCAAGAAGUGCACGCAGGUCGUGGACCAGUUCGUCUGCAAGUAGCCGGGGCCGCCGCCCGCUCCUCCGAGCCGGGCCCGGAAGUCUACGGGAUAUAGAUCUAUAUAAAUAUAUUUUAUAUUUGUAUAAAGGAAAGGCUGGACGGUAAAUAAUUAAAAGAAGACAACAGAAAGGAGAAGCUUAUUUAAGAGACGCUGGAGAUCUUUGAGGAUUGGGGUCUCUGCUUCCAGUGGGUGGGACGCGGGCUUUGUCUCCUGCCCUGGCUGGGACGCGGGCUUUGUCUCCUGCCCUGGCUGGGCCUCUCUAGAGGUGGGGACUUGGGAAUGUCCACAGUCUACCCAACGAGGCCUUGAGGACAAAGAGAGUGCUUGGAGGGAGAAGUGGAUGGCAUCUGGAUUCCUUGUUGGGUGGGUGAUGGCCCUGUGACCCUGGUUGCCAAGCCAGGCAGCCCCUUGGAUGGUGAUGGGAACACAACUUCACCCCUGGCAUCUUCUGGGUCUCCAGCAGAACACCGAACGCUUCCAUGAGAGGCCCAGCGCCUUCUCACGUAUUCGUCUGUGUGUGCUUGCAGAAUCCACAGUUUCAGGAAAGAGGACAGGCCCCUUGUCACCUCUGAUGGCGGGCCAGCUCCUCCCCUGACUCCGGGACCCAUCUAUCCCGCGAGAGAUUUUCUCACCACAGGGUUCACGGGAUCCCACCUUGGCUCCCACAGCAUCCGUGCCCGAGCUGCAGAAAGCCAGGUGGUGCCCAGUCAGGUGCUCGCACUGGGCUCCCGCACCACCGGGAGCGGACGCUCUGAUACUUCCCUUGGCCCUGCCUGUCCAGGGAGGCCUGGGGCAGGCCGGGGCCUGCUCCUGGCAUGGGCUCGGCUCUGCCCCGGAUAUAGUUCCCUCCAACAUUAAACACCCUCCACUGAA